ACAUUUUCUCUUGCUCGUUCUGUGGAGAUGAAUUCGAAUUAAUAUUUUUUAAAUUCCUUAAUAAUAAUUAGGAUUAUACCAAAUCAAAUAUCAAUAAUGAUACGUGAGAGUAGGACUAUGAUAGCUGGAGUUUUGAUAAGGAAUUUAGCUUUGAAUCUUUAUUUAUGAAUACUUGUUGUGAAAUUACUUUCUAUUUUUACGCAUUUUUGUCCUUCAGUAAUAUUCGGUCUUUUAUUAAUUAUUUUUUAGUAUCAAUUUAAUUCAAUAAAAAUGAAAAUUUUAGAUGAAUUUUGUGGUGAAAACUUUAUAAUAUGGGAUGGUCAUAAUAUUGGGUGGUGUUUCCGCCAAAUAUAUUUGAUUUGUCCGGCGUAUCUCAUUCUUUUAAUUUGCAGCUGCUAUUUUAUUGGAUUUCCAUUUUUGCAUUUUUCAUUGAGAACUAAAUUUGAACGAUUAGUAAUCGCUACAAGGAUGCUUAUCAGUGUGCUAUUAUUAUUAUUAUCAGUUUAUCAAAUUUAUCAGAUAUACAGUAUGAAAACGGAAAAACAAAUAUCAGCUGCAGAAAUUAUUCCAUUGAUUGUAAGGGGCAUUACAUGGGCAUCUCAUACCUUUUAUUUGAAAAGGCUGUUAUAUGGCAUAACUUAUCGAAUAAGAGGUCCAGAAUUUGUUACUUUUUCAGUUGUUAUUUGUUGUGUUGCCACAGCAUGUGAUUUUUAUUUUUCUCAUCAUGAUUCUUAUCGAAGGAAUGGAUAUUAUACCUCUCUAGCAGUGCUUAUAUUUCACAUAAUAUACAUCAUUACGUUUCUGGCAAGAAAUAGUAAGAAAAAUGAACAGAUUUGGACAAGAAGUUUAAAUUCAAGUCUUGAAGAGCAAGAACCUUUAAUGCACUCUGUUUUAUCUCGAUAUUAUGGAUUCAGUGCAGAUAUUGAUUCUCAAGACCUGGGAACUGCCGAAGAACCCUCAAACAUUUUUUCCAAAAUUUUGUUUUUAUGGGUACAUUCACUUAUGCUAAAGGGUUUUAAUAAAAAUUUGAAAAACAUUGAUGACUUGUAUGAUUUACCACCAUCUCUCCAAUCUGCUAAUCUGAGUGAAAAAAUUUUUUCUCAAAGGAUCAUUCCUGUUGAGACUGAACAAGAAAAUUAUAUUAAGUUGUGUUGCAAUUCAUUUAGAAUUAAAACUUUGCCUUUAGUUUCCCAACUCUAUAAAAUGUUUGCUUUUGAAUAUGUUUCAAUUGGAAUUUUAAAAUUUAUAUGUGAUAUUUCAAGCUUUGGUGGUCCUUUGUUAUUAAAUGCUCUUGUGUCAUUUUUGGAAUCAGAACAGGAAAGUAAUUCAAAACAAGGUUAUUAUUAUGCCUUGGGAUUAUUUUUAGUCACUUUUGUAUUUGCAAUAACUUCAGUGCAAUACAAUUAUUUUGUCAAUAAAAUUUGCCUUAAGAUAAAAGCUUCAGUAUUAAUGCUAGUAUAUAGAAAGACUUUGAAUCUCAGUAAAGUGACAUUAUGUGGAAUGAAUACUGGAGAAAUUAUUAAUUUUAUCAGUACUGAUGCUGAUCGUAUUGUGAAUUUUUGUUACAGUUUUCAUCAGCUUUGGAGUUUACCUCUCCAAAUUAUUAUUGCUCUUAUACUCUUAUAUCAGCAACUUCAUUAUUGUUUCAUUAUUGGUGUUGUCUUUAUGAUCAUAAUAAUACCUAUUAAUCAAUAUGUAGCAAAGAAAAUUGCAGGCUUUAGUAGCUUAAUGAUGACAGCUAAAGACAAAAGGAUUAAAGUUAUGAAUGAAAUCAUAUCGGGAAUAAGAAUAAUAAAAAUGAAUACAUGGGAAAAAAUAUUUUCCAAAAAGCUGGAGAAAAUACGAUAUGAAGAAGUAAAAUUCUUGAAAAAAAGAAAAUACUUAGAUGCUCUUUGUGUUUAUUUUUGGGCUACUACUCCUGUUCUGAUAUCAUUUUUGACUUUUACUAUAUUUGCCUCAUUAGGAUAUGGUUUAACAGCUGCAAAGGUUUUUACUAGCAUAGCUCUUUUCAAUAUUUUAAUAACUCCUCUCAAUGCCAUUCCUUGGGUUUUGAAUGGUAUUGUAGAGUCAUGGAUAUCUAUCAAAAGAGUCAACUUGUUCUUGCAAUUGCCAAAUUUAAAAUUUGCAGACUAUUAUUCUGAAUUAGGAAAUGAUUGCAAUCUGAAGUUAGAAAUCUCGAAUGGAGUAUUUUGUCACUCUGGAGCAAAAAACAGCUUAAGAUUUGAACGUAGGAUUGUUAAUUUUGAAAGAAAUUCAGAUGCACCUGAUUAUUUUCUUGGACCAAUUGGCUUAAAGUUAUCUCAAGGUGAUUUUGUGUGUGUUAUUGGUAAAGUUGGAUCUGGAAAGUCUUCGCUUCUUUCUGCCAUUCUGGCUGACUUGAAUUGUGUAUCUGGUCAAAUUAAAAUGAAUGUUUCCGAAAGGAGUAUUGGAAUAGGGUAUGUUUCUCAAGAAGCAUGGAUUCAACAGAAAACAGUUCAAGAGAAUAUCUUAUUUGGCAAGACUCUAAACAUCUUGAAAUAUAGAAAAGUUUUGGAAGCGUGUGCAUUGCUUGAUGACCUGGAGUUGUUUCCCCAUGGAGAUCGAACAGAAGUUGGAGAUAAAGGAGUAACCUUGAGUGGAGGUCAGAAAGCAAGAAUAGCCUUAGCUAGGGCUGUUUAUCAGGAUUUCGAUAUAUAUUUGUUAGAUGAUCCUCUUUCAGCUGUUGACACUCAUGUUGCUGAACACAUUUUCUCAAAUUGUAUUAUGGGUAUACUAAAAAACAAAACACGUAUAAUGUGUACACAUAAAGUACAGUUUGCUGAAAAAGCUGACUAUUUAAUGGUUUUAUCUGAAGGGAAAGUUAUAAAUUAUGCUCCUCCAAAUCAAGCAUUACAGUUUUACAGUUUAAAUGAAGUAGAAGAUAUUGAAUGUGAAGAGAAACCAGAUAUGCCAAAUCUAUCUGGUGCAACAUCAUCUCUUGAAAACAGCCUGGCAGUAAAUCUUAUUCAAAAAGAAGAAAAGGAAGAAGGAGUUAUUCAGUUAAAGGUUUAUAAGGCUUACUGGCUAGCAGUUGGUACAGUUUUGUCAAUGUCUGUUCUCCUAUUCUGUCUCUUAAUGCAAGCUUCCAAAACUGUUUCUGAUUGGUGGCUUUCAUUUUGGGUUUCAUCGAGCCAACAUGGAAAUCGUACACUCAGCUUAGACACGAGUCAUUUAUAUUCAUUAGAGGAGUUUAAACUGUUUGAAGAUAAAGAGAGAUCAUUAACCUUUUACUUGUCCAUUUAUGGCUUUUUAGCUGCGGCCAAUUCCAUUUCUACAUUAUUCCGAGCUUUUCUAUUUGCAUAUGCAGGAAUUAAAGCUGCCAUAGCACUUCAUGACAGAUUAUUAAAAGUCAUAAUGAAGGGUGCAAGUAGUUUCUUUGAUGUUACACCAUUGGGUCGCAUCAUGAAUAGAUUCUCAUCUGAUGUUUAUUGCAUAGAUGAUGCCUUCCCAUUCAUGUUGAAUAUUUUCCUUGCUCAAAUAUUUGCUCUUACUGGUUGUAUUGUUAUCACUUGUUAUGCAUUGCCAUGGAUUUUAGCUCCCAUCACAGUUUUAGCUGUUUUCUACUUUAAACUACAGCGAUAUUACAGACAUACUUCAAGAGAACUGAGGAGGCUGUCCAGUAUUAGUCUUUCACCAAUUUAUGCUCAUUUUUCUGAAACCCUGGAUGGUCAUUCCACUAUAAGAGCUCUAUCAGCAGUGUCAAGAUUCCAGAAAGAAAAUAUGGAACGAAUUGAUUCCAAUUUAAGAGCUUGUUUAGCUACUGCUGCUGCAUCUCAGUGGCUUAAUCUGCGUCUUCAGUUUAUAGGUGUUAUCAUUGUAACAGCUGUUGCUAUUAUUGCUAUGCUACAAAGGGAAUAUGGCAUUGUGGAUCCAGGACUUGUAGGGCUUGCUUUGUCAUAUGCAUUGUCAGUUACUGCAUUAUUGAAUGGCUCCAUCACUGCCUUCACAGAGACAGAAAAAGAAAUAGUUAGUGUUGAAAGAGUGAUGCAAUAUAUUGAAGGAAUUAAGAUAGAAGAAGAUAUAUUUUCUCAGCAGCCUCCAUUUGCCUGGCCUUCUCAUGGAGUGAUAACAUUUGUCAAUGUUAGUUUGCGCUAUCGAGAGUCUUGUCCAUAUUCUCUGAAAAACGUAUCUUUUGAAACUAGACCAGGUGAAAAAAUAGGGGUAGUUGGGCGAACUGGAUCUGGAAAAUCAAGCUUGAUUCAAAUACUUUUCAGAAUGGUCGACAGUUUUAAAGGUGCAGUACUUAUAGAUGGUGUCAACAUUUCUAAUUUAGAAAUGCAGAAAUUAAGGUCUAGUCUGUCAGUUAUCCCCCAACAGCCUUUUCUGUUUAGUGGCUCCAUUCGUGAAAACUUGGAUCCUCACUUUUUAAAAAGUGAUUCUCAGAUUUGGAAGACCUUAAAAGAGUGCCACAUGGAAGAGAAAGUGCUGAAUCUGGGAGGAUUGGAUGUUGAAGUGGAGGAACAAGGUCAAAACUUCAGUAUCGGGGAAAGACAGCUGCUUUGUUUGGCUAGAGCUCUCUUGCGGAGAUCCAAGAUUCUCUGCAUGGAUGAAGCUACAGCGAGCAUAGAUUAUCAUACAGACAGUUUGAUCAGGCAUACUGUUAGAAUGGCUUGUAGACGUUCAACCAUUCUAGUGAUAGCUCAUCGAAUGGAAACCAUUUUAGACUGUGAUAGAGUGAUUGUUAUGAAAGAAGGUCAUCUUGUUGAAAUUGAUAAGCCAUCAACUCUUCUGUCAAAUCCCAAAUCAGAAUUUUAUGGAUUAGUUUACAACAAAAAUGAGUGAUAUUAUCUCAGCUUUAUCUCAUAUUUGCAUUUAGACAUUGUUUUGCUCAUUUCACAGAAAAAAGUACAAAGAAAAAAUGAUAAAAUAAGCAUUUCCAUAUACAAAUGACACAACAUCCAGAUCAAUCUAUAUGUAUGAGAAAUAUUCUUGUACUUAUAACUGUUUUGCAUAGUUUUUUGCUCUUAAAAUUAUUGAAGGAAUACAAAUGUAUUCAGCUUCAUAAAAUUCGUUGAUUAAUGAAUUAAAGAUAUUAAAACAUUUUAUUCCUAAGUAGUGUGUAGUUUGGCUAGAAAAUAGUUCUUGUUUCAUAAACUCCAACAAACAAUCUAACUGAAUAUUGUACUGAAAAUAUUAAUGAUAAUUGUUUUAAAUUGAGACAUCUAUAUGCCAGAUAUUAUUUGCUAGGGAAAAAAAAAAACUCAGAAUAUCUAUAAAAGUUGUAAUAAGACUGAUGCAUGCAUUAUACAGUUUCAUGUUCUGUUUUUUACAUUUAUUGGAUAAAUAUAGUAUAUUGUUAUAGUUACCAAGAUUAUUAUAUGCUUGUCUUUCUGAAAAUGAAUUUUAUAUUUGAAUUUAUGUAUAACAGAAUUCAAGGAAAUUCCUGCACAUAAAAUAUGUAU